GUUGGCUCAUUGGAAGAACAGAAUAAGAAAUCGGUGAAGAAGAAGAGGUCACGUGUACCGAAGUGGCAGUCGAUGAUUGUUUCUGAUUUAGCAGCGGAAAGAAAAGACGACUCUUUACAGUUCUGGAGCAAACUUGAUAAAGAGGCUGCGAUUAGUGAGCUGAUCAGGUACGCUGUUAAUGAAGAGUAUAGUCGUCUAGUUGCCUUUGGAAUGAGUUUUACAGGUUUGAAAGAAAAGAGGACAACUCAGUUUCAAGGUAGUGAUGAGUUUGUUUUUAAGUUCUUCGCUGCUGUGUUACUUCUGGCUGCUCGUGGAAUAAAAAAUUACACAGCGCAAGGAUUAGUUGAUCAAGCCGCAUCAGUUUCUCUUUUCUACUCAACCGCAACUUUCUUGGAGAGGUUGGAGCUCAAAGGAGAUAAGGUUAGAUCGGCAGCGUUAAUUGUGCUUGAUCGGAUGGAAAAGUGGACCGAUUUGAGAUCAAUUGACGAGCGUUCGAUGGAUAUUGAUAAAUUGUUUGAAGGUUUGCAGAACACGGUGAAAGAAAAGGCAAGCUUUCGUAUAUUCUGUGAAUACUUGUGCAGUAAUGAUUAUUCUUUAAAUUUUUGUUCCUGUUUUUUAAUUGAAUCUUUUUUUCAGCUGGUUGAUUGGGGACCUAAAAAAGAUCGUUUUUUUAUGAAUAAUGACGACCAUGACGUAAUCGUUGGUAAAUUGGGUAGCAUGUACGGUAAUAUGCAUAUAGCGCAACCUCCUGAAGAUUACUACAAAUAUCCCAGCACUUCGAAACUGGUGGCCGAACUUAAUUUUCCAGCUACCACAACGGAAUAUCGGGGUUCUCCAUUCACUUGUAGCGGGUUAUGUGAGACGGAUUACUUGAAAAAAUUCAAGGAACAGCAGGCAGUUGAGGCAUCCCAUUUGUUGCGUGUGAGAAAUUUUUGUAGAAAAUCUAAGAAAAUUUCUGCUGAGAAGCUGUUAGAACAGUGGGGGUGGCAAAAAUCGCUUGAAGUUCUUAUUUCAAAGAAGGUCACUGAACUGCGCCACUUCUCAUUGCGGUCGUAUUUGGAAAGUUUGGAUCCAGCCAAGUGUGCAUCGCUAGUGUAUUCUAGUGUUAUUACGGCUUGCGCUAGUGGUCAGCAGUAUAUAGUUUUUUCGCAACUUAUUCAUAUGCUAGCUUCACCAAUACUAGAUUUUUUCUACAAUACUUUCGUUCAGAGGCUCGGCAUCAGAAAAGACGAGGUUUUAGAGGAAGUAUUUCUGCGCUAUGUACAGUAUUUCUUGGACCAGAAUAUUGCCAGGAAGUGUACGUUACGUGAAUGGUGGAUGCACUGCUGCUCUAGAACAGGUGUCAAUCCUGAAUUAGCCCCUCCGUUCGCUGACUUGCAUUUUGAAUUACGCGGGGAAUUAGGAUCCUUCCUUUUAUCACUUGUAGUGAAAGCGUGUUGUUUUCCGAAAAGGUUGGAAAAUGGAACUGUUGUUAUGAAACCUGCUUUUGCCAUUCGUGAUGUAUCGCUAGAACAGGAAGAUGUAUUCGUGGAAAGUUAUAAGGCAGAUCUGGUCAAAAUGGUCCGAAUUGAUCCUGCGCUGAUGGACUUGUUUUUAGAGCAUCAAUUCGAAUGGCUCUUUUUUCCUGUUACUUUGUUGCCUAUGACGGCACCACCUAGACCCUGGAUUGACCAUGGCAGGGGAGGCCCUUCGUACAAUAGGCCUAGUGAUGCAUUUCGAAUUUUAGAAGAGUAUAGAAGAUUUGAUACGAAUUCUGAAGUAAAAAAAAGGUUUCAAACAAGGUGCUUCUUUCAGUUUAUUGUGGCUUGUGGUAGAGAAGAAAUUUUUGCAUUGUUUAGAAGUCAAGCACGACCAGUAUUUGACGCGCUUAAUGAUUUGGGUACUACUCCUUGGAAGAUUAACAAAGAAACGCUUUCAGUUUUGAAAGAGGUCUUUAAUAUGUGUGGAGAUGCUUCGAAAGAGAAAUUUUUGUCCAACUUGUCGGUGCCUUUGCGAGCUGAUACUGUUGAUAUCCCCGAUUACGUUAUGACGUUUGGUCGUAAUAAAAGAGUAGAAGAUCUUCCUAAGGAAAAAUGGAUCGAAUUUUCUAAAGCGAAAUAUCAGGCAGUUAAGAGAAGAGGGGAACUUAAUUCACUGUGGUACUGGAUGAUGUAUAGGAUCGCAGUUGCGGAAUCUUGGAAAGAUGAAAUUUUAUACUUUCCUCAUAAUAUGGACUUUCGUGGUCGUGUUUAUCCCAUUUCCCCUUAUUUGAGCCACAUGGGUGACGAUAUAAAUCGUUCGCUUUUGCUUUUUGCAAAAGGGAAGCCCUUGGGACCAAAAGGAUUACAGUGGUUGAAACUACACUGCAUUAAUUUGACUGGUAAAAAAAAGAGAGAGUCAAUCAACGCGCGAUUAAAAUAUGCUGAAGAAAUGUUACCGAAAAUGCUCGACUCAGCAAAUAAUCCUCUUGGAGGAGAACAGUGGUGGAUGGAGUCUGAUGAUCCGUGGCAGACUCUUGCUGCAUGUAUAGAAGUGCGGAAUGCUUUAAAACAUGUUUACCACCUAGGUGACCAUGAAAAAUACAUCAGUCAUUUUCCUGUACAUCAGGAUGGGACUUGUAAUGGAUUACAACACUAUGCUGCUUUGGGGAGAGAUACUGAAGGAGCGAAAGAAGUGAAUUUGCUGCCAUGUGAUGUGCCUUCUGAUGUUUACUCAGGAGUUGCGCAAAGAGUUGAGCAGAAAAGGUUGAAUGACGAGAAAAGCCCUAAUCAAAGCGUGCGAGAAGUUGCGUUAGCUUUGCGUGAAGCGAUGCCACAACCUGUGCCACGUAAAGUAAUCAAGCAAACCGUUAUGACUACUGUCUAUGGAGUUACAAUGUAUGGAGGGGUUCAGCAGAUUAAACGUCAGUUAAAAGGCCUGGAUAUUUCAACUGAGAAGUGUGUAUCAUUUGCGUCCUACCUUACACAAAAAACCUUCUCAAGUUUAGAUGAGGCCUUUGCAAAUUCCAUGAAAAUCAAAGACUGGUUUCGCAGUUGCGCCAGUGCAAUAGCUCGUCAACUUCUGCGUUCUGUUGAGUGGGUUACUCCGUUGGGUUUACCAGUGGUACAGCCGUAUCUUACAAUGGAAACAAAGUUAGGCCGGCUGGUGUUUCUUCCGGUCCCUAUUAAGCAGAUAAAUGCUUUCCCACCUAAUUUCGUCCAUUCGCUUGACUCGACACAUAUGAUGCUUACUGCACUGAAUUGUCGUAGGCUGGGGUUAACGUUUGCUGCCGUGCACGACUGUUAUUGGACACAUGCCUGUACCGUGGAUUCAAUGAAUAAAAUUUGCAGGGAUCAGUUUAUUAAGCUGCAUAGCUUACCGUUAGUAGAAGAAUGUGGAAAGGUUUUUUCUUCCUUUAACGUUCAUUGUCGUUUAAUCUUUACGUUCUUCAUAUCAAAAUAUCUUGGCGCGAAAGUUGGAAAGACGAUGCCUCCACAAAAGUACUCCGAAUUUAAGAACAUUUUUGAACCGAAGUUUGUAUUCGGUGAUUUAGAUAUUGAAGAAGUGCGAAAAUCAGUUUACUUUUUCUCCUAA